UAAACGAUAUACAACACUGCAGAACAUCAUCAUAAUAUUGUGCCGUUUUGCAUUUGCUCAAUUUUUAGCUAAAUUCGACAUCAAAAUAGACAAGUACACAUAGGAAAAUCGGAGACAUGCUGCUAAUGAUGGUAAAGUAAAAAGCAAACUUAAGCGUAUGGCCAAAAUGCCACAAACUCAAUGCAUGGCAAAGACGAGAAACAAAAACAAAUAUUGACAUAACACGUCAACGUUUGCGGCGAAGAAUUUGUCAACGACAACAACAAAAGAGACUAAAAUAAAAAGAAAGAAACAAAAUCGACGGGCGACCGCAAGCCACAAUUGAUAGUUAAUCAACAUAAAGAGCUCGCAGCGAACGAGAAGCAUGUGUUAUGGCCACAGCUCAGCACAAUUUAACAGAAGCUGCGAUAACAGCAGCGGCAACAGCAGCCACAACAACAACAGCAGGCGCUUUAACAGCGGCAGCGGCAGCAACAGCAAAGACAACAACGAAGGACAGCUGGCAGAGCUGUUACUAUUGCACUCGGGAGCACUUCAAGAGCGUCAACGAGUUUGUCGGUCAUCUGCGCUCGCGUCACUGCACGCGUGAAGGUGGCUCCUUUGUUUGCCGCUAUGGCUUCAACGGCGUCUGUGCCUCACUGCCCUUGGACGGCGUCUCGGAUCGCGACUAUGACGCCCAUGUGGCCAAGUACCAUGUGAAUCAGCAGACGCGUGAACUGCCGCCGGAGUGGGGCGUCUAUUCGGCGGCACAGAAUCUGCCGGCUGUGCUCAACGAUCCGCAGCGUGGCAAGCAGAGUAAUCUCUUUACCAAAAAGUGGGGCGAGCACUUUGUGGAGCGCAGUCAGGUGCCGCACACGGCGCGACUGCCGGACAUAACGCAUGCAGACUUUGCCGUCUAUCUGGGCAGCAUUGGGAAGCGUUAUCGCUGGCAUGAGCGACGACAACAGCAGCAGCAACAGUUGCCGACAACAGGGACACCGACAACACCGGAACACCUGAGUGCGGUGCCAGUGCCGGAGAUCUUUCUGAAGUCACAGCUGCAGCUGCAUCAUGCCAGCACCUUUGCCCAAGUGUUUCCCAACUACAUGCAGAAGGUGAACGACACGACGACGACAGUGCAAUGCCAGCAAACGGGUCGCCAGCUGCAAGAGCAACUCUCGCACUAUCUGGACAUUGUGGAGGUAAAGAUUGCACAGCAGGUGGCACAGAAAUCCGCCGCCUUCUUUCAUGCCAUGACCACACAGCAUGCGAUCUUGGCUGAAAUGCAACAGGCGGCGGAGCAAGUGCAUCAAUUGCGCUCGGCGCUCGCCCAGCUCCAUGGCAGCGCUGUUGUCGACAGCUUUCGCGUAAUGCGCUAUGCUCAGCGCAGACAGCACUGCCACAACACACUGGACAAGCUGCGGCUGAUGGCGACGGUGCACAAGACGCAGCCGAUGUUGCAGCUGCUGCUGGGCACACAGGAUUAUGUGGCUGCCUUGGACUUGAUAAGCACCACCCAGGAGAUACUCGCCGCUGAGCUGUUGGGCGUGCAUUGCUUCAAGCAUCUGCCCAUGCAGUUGGGCGAGAUGGAGAAGCUGAUUGACAAGAUGUUGACCACCGAAUUCGAACGAUAUGCGGCCAACGAUUUGAAUAGACCGCUCUUGGAAGCCCAGCUGGAGACGGACAGCGUGUGCGCUGAGGAGGACAAACUGGUGGCCAUUGUGAUGGGUCUGCUGCGCAAGCAGAACUUUGGCUUCGUCUCGAGCUAUCAGCAGGAGGCGAUUGCCACUAUACGCGCCAUCAUCAAGCAGCUGCUGAUCGAGCUGCUCUCGCGUGGCGACAACGAACUCUGUUUGACCGGAGCCGGCGAGCAAUCGCUGGAUUUGACGCUGUCCGAAUGGCUGGCGAUGUUGCAACGUGCCAGCGGAGCCUUGGGCGCUGUGCUCGAACGCAUCAAGGCGGUGGUAUCGAUCAUGCAACAGACUGCCGAUGCAGCUGCAGGUGGAAGUUGUCCCCAUGAGCAUGCAGUGAACUUGAUUGAUUCGGAGGCAUUUCUGAGUGCGGCGCAUCAUGAGCAGCUGAGUGCGCAGCUGCAACAGCUGCUGCAGGCUGUGUGCCACUAUUGCCAUGAGCGUUGUGCCAACAUUGUGGCACCACAGAGCCUGGAGCGUUGCACCGUGAGCGAGCAGGAGCUGCAGCAACUGGCGCAAGUGGUGGAGGAGUUUGGAGAGACAACGUUGGCGAUUUGUGGAGCACCGAGUGUGCCGCUGCAGUUGGCAUUGAAGGUGCAGGCGUCGCGUUACGCACAACGCUUCCAUGCGGAGCACAAGCAAAAGCUGGCGCUGCUGUUGGACCAGGAGCGUUGGCGCCAAGUCGAUAUUCCACACGAAUUCCAGCGCAUCAUCGAUCGCAUGACCGCUGGCGACUAUGCCAAGCAGUCGCCGCUGGACAGCACAUCGCUAGUCAAUGGCAAUGGCAAUGGCAGUGGGAAUGGGAAUCCUGUGCUGCUGCUGGAGGGCAAGCAACCGUUUGCCUUGGUCAGCGUAGCGCUGCUGCUCAUCCAGAUGCUGUACGAGUACGGAGGCAGCGCCCAGCGGCUGCCACUGCUCGCAAGCUAUCAUGCCCGGAAUGUGGUGGACUUGUUGCGUUGCUUCAACUCGCGCAGCUGCCAGCUCAUCAUUGGAGCGGGCGCAAUGCGUGUGGCCGGAUUGAAGACCAUCACGAGCACCAAUCUCGCACUCGUGUCGCGUGCUCUGCAACUUGUGCUCUUCUUGCUGCCGCGUCUGCGGGAACACUUUGAGAGCAUGAGCGGGUAUGAGGCCAUCGAACGGGAUUACCAGGGACACAUCAAGGAGAUUGAGCACAAGAUCCAUGGCAUUGUCUCCGAGCGUCUGGUUGCCCAGCUGGAGGCGUGGGAUGCGAGGCCGCCGAUUCCAUCGCAAACAUUUCGACUCAUCUCGCGGCAUUUGGUCAAGUUGCAUGAGGCAAUUGCUGGCGUCCUGCCCGAGACGCAGAUCCAUGAGAUCUACGGCGUUGUGCAUCGCAACUUCAAGGACAAGUUGCGGGAACAGUUGCUCAAGCUGAACAUCUACAACAAUGGUGGGCCACAGCAUGGCGUCGUCACCUCGGAGCUGACUUUCUAUAUGGAAACGUUGCGCACGUUGAAGGCGUUGCCAGCAUCGCAGCUGGACGAUGGCAUCUUGGAGCACAUUUGGCUCUAUUGAGCACGCGGUAUUAUUCCCCCUAUAUCUACAUACCUAUAUUGCAUUUGGAUUUCCAAAAUCUUCAUCGCAAUCAUCACACUAUCGUCUCUUGUCUCUGUUGUCUCCCGUCCUCCUCCACGCAUGUUUAUUUUUUUUCGUGUGUAGUAUCCUUGUUUUUAUUUAUCUAAGCAUCUAAUUUGUACUUUUUUGCAAUUGUAUAUUAUAUUAUUAUGCAAACACAUUCGAGUUCAUUCUUUUGUGUUGCACUGCAUUAACUUUUAAGCGGCAAAGUCGUUAAAGACAACAAAUAUUAAUAAUAAAAGGCGACUGCAUAACUAAUACAAUC